AUGAGCCGGUUUACUUGCGUCGAGAGCGACCGCGUGCUCUCGCUGCUCAGCGAGGCCGUCGAGAAGCUGCAUUUGCUAUCGACGGUGCCUGCGCCAACGCAGGACGUCAACAGCAACCACCUCGCCGCCGUUGCGCUCAAAGCCGUGUGCAGCCAGCUCGAUAGCGACGCCGCCUUCGCGCUCGAGAACCACUUCCUCGCGGAAGAUGACUUGCUCACGCACUUGACGCAGCCCGAUCGCGUCGACCUCUCGUCCGAGGAGGGCGAAGCGGCGUUUGGCUUGGCCAAGGCCAGUACCCGCGCGCUCUGCCGGGCCAUGUACCGGCACGCGCAGGGCACCAGUGUCUUAUUGGCUGAGCACAAGAGCAACCAGCACCACAGCAACAACAAUGCGCCGCCAACGGGCCUCUCGGCCUUUGCGGGGCAUGUGGCCGCGGUCCGGGACCGCGUUCGCAUCACGCUGAGCACGUCGGUCGAGGAAGACGAGGUGCACCGCGCGCUCCUGAGCGACAUGAAGGUCCGCAUCCGCGAAGCCGAACACGACUACAAGCAAAUGCUGUUUGAAGUGCGGGCGCAGCACGAGGCGCGCGACGCGGCGAGCCGACAAAAUCUCAAGAAAAUUCUCGCGCUCAAAACGGAGCUCCACGACAUCAACCAUGGCACCGAGCAAGCAAAUGCGCUCAUCGACCAAGACGCCAAGCAAGCCGAGUUUGGUCUCCUCAACACAUUUGAAGAAGAUAACGCACGGCUCCGCGACGAAGUGUCGACACGCAGCGUCGCCCAAGUCCACGUGCAGGACCAGCACCACUAUGUCGAGACGGGCCAUCGAAAGAAGAAGCUCAAGGGCGCCGUCGAACUCGGGAGCCUGCUCGAGCGCUACGACCAAGACCUCUUUGCGCUGCAAGCGGACAUCGACGCACUGCGGUCCGCGACCGCGUCGGACGCCGCCGAGAUCGACCGGCUCGUCGAGCACUUUGCCAUCAUGGAUGAAAACGACCGUCGCACGGCCGCUGAUGUGGCGCGCUGGGACGACGAGCGCAAGGUGCGCGAGUCCAAGGAAGCCCUGGCGUUCCGGUACAUUGCCAAGAUCCAAGCCCACUUUCGCGGGUACCGCACACGACAUCAGCUCAAGGCGGCGCAAAAGAAGAAGAAAAAGAAGAAAAAAGCCAAAAAAAAGGCGCCAAAAGCCACGCGGUAA